CCAUCUCCACCAAACAGUGUCGGAUGAAGUCGGCUUCACAGUGUUUACAAGCUAAAGCCAAGCACAUUCGCGGAAUUUCAUUAUCUUGAUAAAUAUAUCCAAUGCUACCACGAUGAAGUCCAAAACUAGGAUAAUACAAAUAUCCAACAUAGCCCCACAGGCUACAAAGGAUCAGAUGUCGACCUUGUUUGGAUUUUUAGGAAAAAUUGAAGACAUUCGCCUCUACCCAACCAUACGUGAUGUUGCCAUUCCAGUCCAGUCACGUAUCUGUUUCAUCAAAUUCCAUGACCGGGAUUCGGUUAGCGUUGCCCAGCACCUCACCAACACAGUCUUCAUCGACAGAGCUCUUAUUGUCAUUCCAUUCACCACUGGUGACAUGCCGGAUGAACAACGGGCAAUGGAAAUUUUGGGCACAGGUGGCACCAUACCAGGCAUUGGACAGGAAGCAAAGUGGCCAGCUCAUGUUACCAACCAGAUUGAUGGUAUUAUUUUGAGGACUCAUGACCCAGCAUUGGCAGAGAAUGACCUCCCAGAUUACCCUCCACUGCCAGCAACAACUGAAUCUCACAAGAUUAACGAGAUUCGACGCACUGUUGUGUUUGACAACCUUGACCCCACGGUCACUACUGAUCAGCUGAUGGAGUUAGCUGCUAAAGCUGGAGAAGUGAGGUAUCUGCGUUUGGGCACAGAGAUGAACGGCGCAAGAAAUGCCCUGGUUGAGUAUUCUGAGCAACCCUUCAUUAUUGCAGCAUUGAAGAUGCACAAUCAAGAGCACAUGAGCCGUCUCAUUAAGGUCAACCAUUCCACUGUAGCCAUUAUAAAACCGCAAACAAAAAGCAACGAAGCAGCUCAGCGCGAGAUUGAAGAAGCAAUGAGACGAGUCAAAGAGGCACAGAACUUCAUAGCCUCGGCAAUAGAUCCUGUAAUGUCCUUCUUGGAUUCCUCGAAGGAAAAAAGAUCGCGGUCAAGAUCAAGGACACGCUCUCGCUCCAGACGCAGGUCAAGGUCCCGCUCCAGACGCUCAAGAUCUCGAAGGAGAACAAGGUCACACUCACGCCGGAGGUCACGUUCCAGGACCCGAUCCAGGGACCGACAUGGGCGCUCUAGAAGCCGCAGCCGCAGAAAGAGAUCGCGAUCAAGGUCUCGCAAGAAGUCCAGAUCCAGGUCUCCAUCACGAAGGAAGUCAAGGUCCAAGUCCCGUUCCAAGAGGUCAAGGUCCAAGUCGAAGUCUACAGCUUCAUCCUCAAGGAGAGACAAGGGCUCGAGCAGCAGCAGCCGUGCCAAAGAUAAAGACAAGGAUAAGGACAAGGACAAGGAUAAGGAUAAGGAUAGGGACAAAGACAGGGAUAAGGACAAGUCAAAGGAUAAAGACAAAGAGAAGAGGGAGGAGAAGAAACUGGAGACAAUAAAAGAGAGCGAGAAUGAGGCAAAAGAGGAGAAGGAUGAGAAUAAGGAGGCAAAGAAGGAGGAAGCUAAGGCAGAAGAAAGCUCCAAAGAAAAGGAGAAGGACAAAGAUAAGAAGAAAGAGUCCAAGUCUCGCCGCUCCCGCUCCCGCUCCAGGUCACGUGACCGCAAAAGCAGACGAAGCAGGUCACGCUCCCGCAGUAAGAGAAGGUCUAGGACCCGUUCCAGGUCAAGAAGCCGCACCAGAUCAAAGCGCUCUCACAGGUCUCGGUCCAGGUCACGGUCACGCCGCAAGUCCCGCAGCAAGUCCAGGUCACGCAGAGACCGCUCAAGAGACAGACGCAGGUCUCGCUCCCAUGAUCGAUCCAAGAGGAGAUCCAGGUCUUCGUCAAGGUCAAAGACGGGGAAAGUGAAAGACAAGGAUUCAAGCAAAAAGAAGGACUCACGCCAGAAGCCGCACCGCGACCGCAAGGAGAGCAAGGACAAGGAC